AUGAAGCCGACGAGAGACGUCGGACGUCUUGUCUCGCUCGCCCUCGCCCUCGCCGCGGCACAAGCCCUCUCGCCCCAGACAAACACCUUCAACUCGACCUUUGUCCUCUCCGACUCCCAGAUGGCCGACAACAACCUCUCGGCGGCCAUGGCGCACAACAUCAACGUCGCCCUGCAGUUCGAGCGCUCCAACUGGGCCCCGUCCGGUUCCGUCUUCGCCGACGCCUUCUACACCCACCUGCCGGCGAACGCGUCGUCGGCGCCGGUCGGCUCGCCGCUCAAGGUCGAGGCCUUGACCGACACAAACGGCUACACCAUCGCCCCGACCUUGGCCCUCUCCCGCAUCCUCUACCAGUCGGCGACCCUCAACGGCACCCGCGUGCCCGUCUCGGCCUACAUUCUCUGGCCGUACUUGCGUCGAUCUUCCCGCCGCGGCCGAGUCCCGCUCGUGAGCUGGGGCCACGGCACGAGCGGCAUCUUUCCCGAGUGCGCGCCCUCGCACGUCCGCAACCUCUGGUACCAGUUCUCGGCUCCCUACCAGCUCGCCUUGGCCGGCUACGCCGUCGUCGGCUCCGACUAUGCAGGUCUCGGCGUGCCCUUUGACGCCGACGGCGGCAAGAUAACCCACCAGUACAUCGCCUCGCCCGCCUCCGGCAACGAUCUCCUCUACGCCGCCCGCGCAGCCCACGCCGCCUUCCCGGACGAGCUGACGCCGAGCUUCGUCGUCAUGGGCCAUUCCCAAGGCGGUGGUGCUGCUUGGGCCGCCGCUCAGCAGCAGCGCAAGCUCGACGUCCCCGGCUACCUGGGCGCCAUCGCGGCGUCGCCCGUCACCAACGCCAUCGAGCUCGGCGCGGCCCGCGGCAGCAACCUCGGACUCCUGCAGAUUGCGAGCUCCAUCCUCUCCGUAUACCCCAGGCUCGCCCUUUCCGACAUCCUGACGCCGCGGGGUGUUCGUCUGCUGACGCUGCUCGAGCAGGUGCAGGCCUGCAGCGCCGUCUUCCACACCCUGCUCGCGGAGAUCUUGACGGCCGAUCCUCGGGCAGGCCUCGUGCGGGACGACUUUGUCCGAUCCCCAACGGCCGCGAGAUUUCAGAAGCUCGUAGUCGCCGGCGGAAAGGACGUCGCCGAUCCGAUGCUCGACGAGCCGGGCGUUUCCGAACCGACCAUCCGGUACGUCAAGGCCAAAGGUGUCGAUCACAUGCCGAUCCUCUUCGCGACCCAGCAGAUCUGGCUAGACUGGCUCGACGAGAGGUUUGCCUCUGCUGGUGACGGCGACGAGCGCAUCGACAAGGGAAAGGGAAAGGGAAAGGGAGAAGACGCGGAAGCGGAGGGACGUUACGCCGUGCACGAGGUGGGAGACGACACGCCGCAGCCGCUGGACCACUACCAAAGAAACUUGAACUACUUUCUCGAAUACUCCCUCGACGACUACCAGCUGGCAUAA